AACACACAAACAAACGGAGAUGACAUGAGAACUCGUUGCUCAUUGGAUUUGAUUCAUGUGUGUCCCAGAAUUUUAACUUAGCGCCAACCGAAGUUUAAUAUUUUCGGUCAUUGAUUCAUAUUUCAACCACAAUACGUGCGAGAGAUUUUGAGAUUGGUGACGCGCGCUGACAGGCCACAGGCAAGGACAGCAUUUUUUUUUUACUUAUAAAUUCACUUUUUAGUGGACAAGAAUGAAAGGGACAUACAUUUGUCGGUGAAUAGUGACUCGUCAAGAGAUGGUGGCCGAACAAUACCAAAGAGCUGAUCUGCUUUCAGUGAAAAUUUAGUAUGUCAGAGGAGCGAGGAAAGGACUCUCUCUCUAAGAUGAGUCUCUCAGAGAAACAUAGUGAAAACUCAGGCUCACAUGUGUCCGGCCCUGUGUCUGUGAAGAGUGACCGUUCAAAAGAUGGUUCCCUACCGAACUUCAGUGAGAAGACAUCUAUCAAACGUGAAAUAUCAGGCUCACAUGUGUCCAGCUCUGUGUCUGUGAAGAGUGACCGUUCAAAAGAUGGUUCCCUACCGAACUUCAGUGAGGAAACACUGUCGCCAACCAAAGGGCUUCAAUAUGAAACAUUAGAUUCAGAUUUCCAGACUCACAGAAAACACAAGAAUUUCAUAGACAAUCUCCCGUGUAUCUUCAAGGAUCUUGAGAGCAAAAUAAUCAAGUUUCUGAAGGAUGAGCUGGGAAAGUUUAAGAACAUAUUACAAAAGGAGAACACACAAUACUUAGUGAAGGACUUUAAUGAGAACGGAUGCAUUAUUAAAGAAGCAGCUCUUGAUCUCACACUACACUACCUGAGAGAGAUGAAGCAAGAUGAAGCUGCUGAUACUCUAAAAGAUGAGCUUUUCUUCAUUCAUCCACUAAAAUCUAGCCUAAAGAAGAAGUAUCAAUGUGUGUUUGAAGGAAUUGCAAAGCAUGGUGACUCCACUCUUCUGAAUAACAUCUACACAGAUCUCUAUAUCACUCAGGGUGGUAGUGAACAUGUCAAUACUGAGCAUGAAGUCAGACAGAUUGAGGUUGCGCUGAGGAGUGCAGACUCACAAGAGAUACCAGUUCAAUGCAACAAUUUGUUUGAACCAUCUGAACAAGACAAAGAGAUCAGAACUGUACUGACAAAAGGAGUUGCUGGGAUCGGGAAAUCCGUCUCUGUGCAAAAGUUUGUUCUGGAUUGGGCUGAAGGAAAAGAAAAUCAAGAUAUCAGCUUCAUAUUUCCUCUUCCAUUCAGAGAGAUGAACUUAAAGGAGAAAGAAAAGCAAAGUUUGAUGGAUCUUAUAUCUACAUUUUUCCCAGAGACAAAAGGACUGAACCUUACAAAAAGGAAUCAAUUCAAAGUCCUGUUCAUCCUUGAUGGAUUGGAUGAAUGUCGUCUUCCUCUGAGGUUUGAAAGUAAUGAGACGUGGCGUGAUGUAUCCUCACCAGCCUCUCUGGAUGUUCUCCUGACGAACCUCAUCAAGGGAAAUCUGGUUCCUUCUGCUCUCAUCUGGAUCACCACCAGACCAGCCGCUGCCAGUAAGAUUCCUCCUGAAUGUAUCGACCGGGUGACAGAAGUACGAGGAUUCAAUGAUGCACAAAAGGAAGUUUACUUCAAAAGAAGAUUCACAGAUGAGAAAAUGGCCAAUGAAAUUAUUGAUCACAUAAAACAAUCAAAGAGUCUCUUCAUCAUGUGCCACAUCCCAGUCUUCUGUUGGAUUUCAGCCACAGUUCUCCAGAACAUUUUGGAGGAGAAGAGAAAUAAUGAUGUAAAAAUCAAUCAGGCUGAUGAAGCCUCUAAAACACUGCAGGAAUCAAAUACUGAAGACACUCCCAAGACUCUGACACAAAUGUACACACACUUUCUCCGCUUUCAGAUCCAGCAGAGCAGACGAAAGUAUGAUGGAGAAUACACACCUGAUGUUUCCUGGGAUAUAGAUGCCAUCCUUUCACUGGGGAAACUGGCAUUUCAUCAGCUGGAGAAAAACAACCUGAUCUUCUAUGACACAGACCUGGAAGACUGUGGUAUUGAUGCCUCUAAAGCAUCAGUGUACUCAGGCAUGUGUACCCAGAUCUUCAAGGAGGAAAAAGGGAUCACUGUUGGUACCACUUUCUGCUUUGUUCACUUGAGCAUUCAAGAGUUUAUUGCAGCCCUUUUUGUACAUCUGUUUCUAGACAUCAACAAGACAAGUGUGUUUAUUAAAGAGUCUGCAGAACAGGAAAACAAAAAUAAAACCAUGAUUGAUUUGCUCAAGACCCUUUAUUCAAAUCUGAUUCUAUACAUCAACAAGACAAGUGUGUUUUUUCAAGAGUCUAUAGAACAGGAAAACAAAAAUGAAACCAUGAUUGAUUUGCUCAAGACUGCAGUGGACAAGGCGCUCGAGAGUGACAAUGGACACCUGGACCUUUUUCUUCGCUUCCUCCUCGGUCUGUCACUCCAGACCAAUCGUCCACUCUUACGAGGACUGUUGACACAGCAAGAUGACAAUGACCAGAGCAAAAAGGAGAUAGUUCAGUACAUCAAGCAGAAAUUUGAAGAUAAUCUGCCCCCAGAGAGAUCCAUCAAUCUGUUCUACUGUCUGAAUGAGCUGAAUGAUCAAACUCUGGUGAAAGAGAUUCAGACCGACCUUAGCAAAGGAAGUCUCUCAUCUGCUGACCUUUCACCUGCCCAGUGGUCUGCAUUGGUCUUUGUGUUGUUGACAUCAGACAAGGAGAUGGAGGAGUUUGAUCUUCAGAAAUUCAAGAAAUCAGACGAGUGUCUCUUUAGACUGUUGGAAGUUGUGAAAAUCUCCAAAAGAGCUCUGUUAAAUGAUUGUGACUUAACAGACAAAAGCUGUUCAAGUCUCGCUAAGGCUCUCGAAUCAGACAACAAUCUGGAAGAGCUGAAUAUGAGCAAUAAUAAUCUACAGAGUUCAGGA